AAUACGGCCCAUUGUAGGCGGGGAUUGUAGUUCAAACCGUCCGUCGAUGCGCUGCGGCUAGCGAUUUUUUUUUUUUUUUUUUAAUAUUUUUGUUUCAAAAGUUAGCUCGUGUGCUACAGCUACCUGAAACUGUAAUUACAAAUAAGCAUGGCUGGUGGAAAGGCGGGCAAAGACUCCGGAAAGACCAAGACGAAGGCGAUUUCGCGCUCUCAGCGAGCCGGAUUGCAGUUCCCGGUGGGACGUAUCCACAGACACCUCAAGUCCAGGACCACCAGUCACGGCAGGGUUGGAGCCACCGCGGCCGUGUACAGCGCGGCUAUCCUCGAGUACCUCACCGCCGAGGUUCUGGAGUUGGCCGGGAACGCCUCCAAAGAUCUGAAAGUGAAGCGCAUCACCCCCCGCCACUUGCAGCUGGCCAUCCGAGGAGACGAGGAGCUGGAUUCCCUCAUCAAAGCCACAAUCGCCGGUGGAGGCGUGAUCCCACACAUCCACAAAUCUCUCAUCGGAAAGAAGGGCCAGCAGAAGACUGUAUAACUGGUUGCAGGAGGUGAAAGCCCUCUGGAAGUUGCACCAUCUCAGGACGAUGUCUGCAGUCCCACCCCCCCCCCCCUUUUAUUUUUUUUUUUUUUUUCAUUUUAGCAUAGGAGUCUGUGUGGUCUGAGCUUGCAUCUUCUCACCUGGGGGUAUUUUUUAAAAAGUGGCUUCAAAGAAGCUCUUUUUUUUUGUUGUUGUUUUUUUUUGGGGGGGGGUGUUUCCUGGUGUUGCGGUCACAUUCAUUUUUGCUUUUUGUGGCAUUCCCUUGUUAAGGUAUUGUUUUAAUAAAGCUCUUAUGGGGUACGCA